GCCGUUGAUUGACAGCGGGGCCCGGCCCGCAGCCCAUAAAGGCGCGGGGCGCGGGGCCGCGGAGGCACUUGAGACGGCGUCGGCAGCAGCGCGGCUCGCCACGCUCCCUCCCGACCCGCAGAGCCCCGCAGAGCCCCAGCGCGCCGUCGGCUCCCCGAUGCCAGGAGUUAUGCUGAAGAGGAGAGGGUUGUUGUGGCUUACUGUCUUAAUAACCCUGUGGGUUUUCUCAAAUGCUCAGGGUAAGUUCAGACACUUCUUAACUGAAUAUAGACUAACUGCCAAAGUUAAAUGUUGUAGUGUUGGCUUACCUGAACUGCAGUGGGCAAAAGCUUUGUAUAUGCUGCUCUUCUCUUUCAUUCUCUUGCUACCAGCUGAAGUGAACACCAUCAAUGAGAGCACUGAAAUCCUUCACUUGAGCCCCGCAGUCACAACCGAGUACGUGGGUGAGAAACCGGAGAAGGCCGAGUUCUGUGACCGCUCCUGUGAAGAGCUGGGAUCGAUGUUCACAGAGCUCACUGGCCUGCGCAUCGUGGUGAACAACCUGGCUGACAACCUCCAAAAAGUGGUAGAACAAAUCAAAGCAUUUCAACAAAAACCUUCCCCAGAUGCCUACCUUCAUUUACCUCUCUGUGAGCAUAAAUUAGUAAAUUGAUUUCUUUGCCUUUAGGAUUCCAAAAUUGUAUGCAAUCAAAUCACCUGCCCAGCAGUUUCCUGUGCCGAUCCAGUUUUUGUUGAAGGUGAAUGCUGUCCAGUCUGCUCUCAUUCUGAUGACAGUGAGGAGGGCUGGUCACCAUGGUCCGACUGGACAAAGUGCUCAGUUACCUGUGGCUCUGGGACACAGAUGCGAGGAAGGUCAUGUGAUGUCACCAGGAGUGCUUGUACAGGCCCCCACAUCCAAACAAGGAUGUGCAGUUUUAAGAAAUGUGAUCAUCGCAUACGUCAAGAUGGUGGCUGGAGUCACUGGUCUCCCUGGUCUUCCUGUUCAGUUACCUGUGGAGUGGGAAAUAUCACCCGCAUCCGCCUCUGCAAUUCUCCUAUUCCCCAGAUGGGUGGGAAAAACUGUGUGGGAAAUGGGCGUGAAACGGAGAAGUGUGAGAAGGUUCCAUGUCCAGUGAAUGGCCAGUGGGGUCCUUGGUCUCCGUGGUCUGCCUGCACUGUCACCUGUGGAGGAGGAAUUCGUGAGAGGUCUCGGCUCUGUAACAGUCCAGAGCCACAGUAUGGAGGAAAGCCAUGUGUGGGAGAUACCAAGCAACAUGAUAUGUGCAAUAAGAAGGAUUGCCCAAUUGAUGGGUGUUUGUCAAAUCCUUGCUUUCCUGGAGCAGAAUGCAACAGUUACCCAGAUGGGUCUUGGUCCUGUGGGGCAUGUCCAGCAGGAUACCUUGGCAAUGGUACCUUCUGCGAGGAUCUUGAUGAGUGUAUAGCUGUGUCAGAUGUUUGCUUUAAAGUGAAUCAGGUCCAUCGCUGUGUGAACACAAAUCCGGGUUUCCACUGCUUGCCGUGUCCUCCACGCUAUAAAGGAAGUCAGCCCUAUGGAGUAGGGCUUGAAGUUGCCAAGACAGAGAAGCAAGAUAACUGUCCCCUUCUGCCUAACUCUGGCCAAGAAGACUUUGACAAAGAUGGCAAAGGAGAUGCCUGUGAUGAGGAUGAUGACAAUGAUGGUGUUGAAGAUGACAAAGACAAUUGCCCUCUUCUGUUCAACCCUCGCCAGUUUGAUUAUGACAAAGAUGAAGUUGGUGACCGCUGUGACAAUUGCCCCUAUGUGCACAACCCUGCUCAGAUUGACACAGACAACAAUGGGGAGGGUGACUCCUGUGCUGUGGACAUUGAUGGAGAUGACAUUUUUAAUGAACGGGAUAAUUGCCCUUAUGUCUACAACACAGACCAGAGCGAUACAGAUGGUGAUGGAGUUGGUGAUCAGUGUGAUAAUUGUCCAUUGAUGCAUAAUCCAGACCAGACUGAUGCAGAUAAUGACCUUGUUGGUGACCAGUGUGACAAUAAUGAGGACAUAGAUGAAGAUGGCCACCAGAACAACCAGGAUAACUGCCCUUACAUCCCCAACGCUAACCAGGCUGACCAUGAUCAGGAUGGUAAAGGAGAUGCCUGUGAUUCUGAUGAUGACAAUGAUGGUGUCCCAGAUGACAGGGACAACUGCCGCCUCAGAUACAACCCUGAGCAGGAAGACUCAGAUGGUAAGAGCAAGGUCAUAUGAAUUUCAUCUACUUCUUAGUAUCUGAUUUUGAUUUUGUA